AUGCCGCAGCGGUCGCCGUUCGCGAUCCAGGAGUUGCUGGGCCUCAACGGGCCCGGCAGCGGCAGCGCGUCCGACCGGGGCUCUCCCCAUGGGUCGCCCUCGACCGGGGUGUCCCCCGUCUCCUACGCCCCUGCGGCGCCCCAUCACAAGCUCUGGGACUACAUGCCGACCCUGACCAACCACCUGGGCAACCUCGGCAACCUGGGCAACCUGGGGAACCUGACGGCCUCGCGGAUGGCCUACCUGAACGCCCAAGCCGCCGUGGCCGCUGCGUUUCUGCCGCCUCCGCACCCCCACGCGGCCCACCACGUCGCGGCCCACCAUCAGGUGCACCAACCUGGACCCGGACAACUUCCGGCGUCCCCUGGAGUCGGGGUUCAUCCCGCCGCGCAUGCGCAGCACGUACUUCCGGGCACCGCCGUGCCACCCAACCACCAUCAGCGCAGCCCUGGCCAGCAUCCCCAGCCGCAUGGUAAAUAUCUUCUUGAUCUUUCGUAUUCUUAUGGAACCUAG